AUGUCUGGAUGUCUCCCCGGCAGUGCUUAUAAGUUUUACGAAGAAGCUUCAAGCUCCAAACCAAGAACAGUAUUUACGCAGUCAUCCGACGGCUACUGCUUCGGCAUAGAAAUCGAACUAACCUUAUCACCCAAAGUACAGAACAUACAUCAGUUUCAUUCAUCCCUGCUACCUGGCCCCAUGGAAGACGACGGGACUUAUCCCUGGGAGCAGAUGGCAACAGCGCUAACUAUGCUUUUAGACCGCGUCCUUUGGGACCGAGGCAUGGGAAGGGCCUCUCAGCGGCAGUCGUACGACAAGUGGUGUGUCACCUUUGACGAUACGAUCCAACCACCAAGGGGAUUCUCUGGGUUCGAGAUCAUAUCUCCCAUUCUCACCACAGAGAUGGACUGGCGCGUGGUGAUAGAAACAAUCUACGCCGUUGUAGAUGCUUAUUUUAUAAUCCAGGCCUCUCCAUCAUGCGGCACUCACGUACACAUCACACCUGGCCGCAGAACCUGGAAUGUCGCCGACCUACGCGCUCUCUCAAAAGCCAUCGUUCUGUGGGAUCCUGUCAUCGAGGGCCUCUUGCCCGAAGAGCGUCGCAUUGAUGCCCCUGACUCAUGGCACCGGAGCAACAUCCAUGGACAGCUCGCUUUACAUCUGGAGCAAUUUCAUUCGGACGGGUUUGAUCAUCUCUUCCAAAUGAUUGACGAUAUAGACGAUCGUGAUGAAAUAGUCGACUUUAUCUCGCCAGACAAGGCUUGGGCAUGGAACUUUUGCCAUGUUAAAGAAGCGUGUGGGACAGUAGAGUUUCGCAAGCCACCGAUGGCGCUGACAAGCUCCGCAGCGGUAGCAUGGAUCGAGUUCACGUUGAUGUUCGUCCGUGCCGCCACAGGGAUGGAGAUGGGAUACUGGGAAGGUGUAGGCUCCCAAAACGCACGACCAAGCAUUAGGGCUUUGGAGAGCUUUGUCUGCUUGGGUCUCAUGCCCGGUACUAUCGACGGGAAAUCUGGUCUCACCUUGUUCCAGGACUUGACGACUUCCCGUUCUGGGGGCUCCGCAGGUCCUUGCUUAGUGGCCCAGCUUUGA